AUGGCCGGGGACCGGUUCCCCAGGAAGGUGAUGGAUGCCAGGAAGCUGGCCAGCCUGCUGCGGGGCGGGCCUGGUGGGCCCCUGGUCAUCGACAGCCGCUCCUUCGUGGAGUACAACCGCUGGCACGUGCUCAGCUCCGUCAACAUCUGCUGCUCCAAGCUGGUGAAGCGGCGGCUGCAGCAGGGCAAGGUGACCAUCGCAGAGCUCAUCCAGCCCGCCGUGCGCAGCCAGGCAGAGGCUGAGGAGCCACAGGACGUAGUUGUCUAUGACCAGAGCACCCGGGAUGCCAGCGUGCUGGCUGCAGACAGCUUCCUCUCCAUCCUGCUCAGCAAGCUGGACGGCUGCUUCGACAGUGUGGCCAUUCUCACAGGGGGCUUUGCCACCUUCUCCUCCUGCUUCCCCGGCCUCUGUGAGGGCAAGCCUGCUGCCCUGCUGCCCGUGAGCCUCUCCCAGCCCUGCCUGCCCGUGCCCAGCGUGGGCCUGACCCGCAUCCUGCCUCACCUCUACCUGGGCUCUCAGAAGGAUGUCCUCAACAAGGAUCUGAUGACCCAAAACGGAAUAAGCUAUGUCCUCAAUGCCAGCAACUCCUGCCCCAAGCCGGACUUCAUCUGCGAGAGCCGCUUCAUGCGCAUCCCCAUCAACGACAACUACUGUGAAAAGCUGCUGCCCUGGCUGGACAAGUCCAUCGAGUUCAUCGAUAAAGCCAAGCUGUCCAGCUGCCAAGUCAUCGUCCACUGUCUCGCCGGCAUCUCCCGCUCCGCCACCAUCGCCAUCGCUUACAUCAUGAAGACCAUGGGCAUGUCCUCUGACGACGCCUACAGGUUUGUGAAGGACCGGCGCCCAUCCAUUUCGCCCAACUUCAACUUCCUGGGCCAGCUGCUGGAGUACGAGCGGAGCCUCAAGCUGCUGGCUGCCCUGCAGGGUGAUGGGGCGCCCCUCCCCGGGAUGCCCGAGCACCUCCCAGGCCCUGCAGCCCCCCUGCCGCCACUGCCACCACCUACCUCAGAGAGUGCUGCCACGGGGAGUGCAGCAGCCAGCUCAGCCAGGGAGGGCAAGCGGGGCACGGGCCGGGAGCCCCCCUCGCCUGCCGCAGCCCCUGCUACCAGCGUGCUGCAGCAGGGCCUGCGCAGCUUGCACCUCUCCUCUGACCGCCUCCAGGACACCAGCCGCCUCAAGCGCUCCUUCUCGCUGGACAUCAAGUCAGCCUACACCCCCAGCCAACGACCCGAUGGCCCUGGGGCCCCUGACCCUGGCGAGGCCCCCAAGCUCUGCAAGCUGGACAGCCCAUCGGGGGUGCUAGGCCUGCCCUCGCCCAGCCCUGACAGCCCAGAUGCAGCAACCGAGUUGCGCCCGCGGCCCCGCCGGCGGCUCCGACCUCCAGGGGGCUCCCCCGCCCGCUCACCUGCACAUGGCCUCGGCCUGAACUUUGGGGACACUGCCCGGCAGACUCCACGGCACGGCCUCUCAGCCCUGUCGGCGCCCGGGCUGCCUGGCCCAGGCCAGCCGGCCAGCCCUGGGGGCUGGGCACCGCCCCUGGACUCGCCAGGCACACCGUCGCCAGACGGGCUCUGGUGCUUCAGCCCCGAGGGUGCACAGGGGGUGCAGCUUUCGCCCCUCAGCCGGGCCGGCCCACAGGGCACGGGUGGCAGUGAUCUGCGACGGCGGGAGGCGGCGAGGGCCGAGUCCCGGGAUGCGAGGACCAGCUGGCCUGAGGAGCCAGCCCCAGAGACGCAAUUCAAGCGUCGAAGCUGCCAGAUGGAGUUCGAGGAGGGCAUGGUGGAGGGGCGCGCCCGCAGUGAGGAGCUGGCGGCCCUGGGCAAGCAGGCCAGCUUCUCCGGCAGCGUGGAGGUCAUCGAGGUGUCCUGA